AUCGAUGAACUUGGACGAAUUCGUAAGGAACAGCUCGAUGCAAAGGCGGCGAUUGACAAACGGUUGGCCAUGUUAGAAGAGGUGAUCGUCGCACUGCCGAAGCAAUGCGAAGUCGCUAAAGCUAACGGGGAAGCUUGGAAGUCUGAAGCGUUGCGCCCCGGUAACAAGCGUGGUGCGAUGGCGACAGGUCAGACUCCCAUGACCGAUGUCAGGGUUCGAUCUCGAGUCACUCCAUCUGCAGGACCAGGUGCGACUGGACGGGUCAACCCGCAGCUCAAAGCAAUGGUGAAACGGCAUCAGCAGGAAGUGGAGCUUCUGAAGGAAAUGCGCCUACGUGAGCUGAACGCUCAGAAAGAAUCCGAGGAAGAAAUCGAUCGCCUGAAGGACUCUUUGGCAAGGUUGGAGACUGCGAAGAAAUGUGGUGCCACGAAUCUGAAAUCGAAGUUAGAUGAAGCAGCCGAUGGAUCUUCCAGAACGAUGAAAGCCAAGGACACCCCGGUUGUUCUCGUUAGUCAACGGGAAGCGGCCUUGAGGGAUGAACGGAAGAAAUUGCGGAACCUUAAAAAGGACGACGUCAUCGCUAUUUGCGAGAAAGAAGGGAUGGCGUGCACUCGAUUAGAAGACACUAAGGAGACGAUUGUGCAAGCUCGGGUUAACAAGAUACUAGAAGAUGAUGAGCGGAGCAGAGAUUUGAGUAAGAUUGACUCCAUUGUGGAAGUGACUGACGACGGGGAUGGGGACUCACCCAAAGUCGGGGGGUGUGACGCCGCUUCUUCUUAGGGUCACGCCCCGACGAGAUUUUACGAUGGCAUAUAGUACGUGUUUGUUUUCGUCUUCGGUCUCUCGAUAUUCUUUGGCUUCGUAGCAAGGACGUU